GGAUUAUACUUUGACUAUGUACUUUCAACAGUACUGGAGAGAUAAGAGACUGGCUUACGCUGGCAUCCCUCUCAACCUCACGCUUGAUAAUCGAGUGGCAGAUCAACUCUGGGUGCCUGACACUUACUUCUUAAAUGACAAGAAAUCAUUUGUGCAUGGUGUUACUGUGAAGAAUCGAAUGAUUCGCCUUCACCCAGAUGGAACGGUGCUUUAUGGCCUCAGAAUCACAACCACUGCAGCUUGUAUGAUGGACUUGAGAAGAUAUCCGUUAGAUGAACAGAACUGUACUCUGGAAAUAGAAAGCUAUGGCUACACAACUGAUGACAUAGAGUUCUAUUGGAGAGGUGGAGAUAAUGCAGUCACUGGUGUAGAAAGGAUUGAACUUCCUCAGUUCUCUAUUGUGGAAUAUAGACUGGUGUCAAAGAAUGUUGUCUUUGCCACAGGUGCCUAUCCAAGACUCUCACUGAGCUUCAGGUUGAAGAGAAAUAUUGGAUAUUUUAUUCUUCAAACCUACAUGCCCUCCAUACUGAUCACCAUUUUAUCCUGGGUGUCAUUCUGGAUCAAUUAUGAUGCAUCAGCAGCAAGAGUUGCCCUUGGAAUUACAACCGUGCUGACUAUGACAACGAUCAACACUCACCUGAGAGAGACUUUGCCUAAAAUUCCAUACGUUAAAGCCAUUGACAUGUAUCUUAUGGGCUGCUUUGUAUUUGUCUUCUUGGCCUUACUUGAAUACGCCUUUGUCAACUACAUUUUCUUUGGAAAAGGCCCUCAAAGGCAGAAGAAACUUGCAGAAAAAACAGCGAAGUCAAACAACGAUCGUGCAAAAUUUGAAGGCAAUCGGGUGGACACCCAUGGAAACAUUUUGCUAACAUCACUUGAAAUCCACAACGAGGUGGCAAGCAAUGAGGUCACAACUAGUGUCACAGAUGCCAGAAAUUCAACAAUAUCCUUUGACAGCUCAGGAAUCCAGUACAGAAAACAAAGCUCACAUCGCGAAAGCCUGGGAAGGCGUUCGUCAGAAAGAACAGGCACCCACAGCAAGAGGACCCACUUACGAAGAAGGUCUUCGCAACUGAAAAUAAAAAUCCCUGAUCUAACAGAUGUGAAUGCCAUCGACAGAUGGUCAAGAAUGGUGUUUCCAUUCACAUUUUCUCUUUUCAACUUAAUUUACUGGCUAUACUAUGUUAACUGAGUGACUCAACUUUUUUAAAGGACUUCAAUUACAAGUGAAGUACUAUUUGCCUGCAGAGUUUAUAUAUAUUUAUAUAUAAAAAUAUAUAUAUAUAUGAACUUUUACUAUGUAGAGAAGACUCAUGUAUGUGUGAAUACAUAUAUCACAGAAUUGUGUGCAUAUAUAAGCACACAUUGGAAAGGAAAGUGUAUAUAUAUGCACACAUACAUGCACACAUUCACUCUGAGGUUACGGACAAUUUAUCAUAGAAUGCACUUCAAAGGAACUUUUUACAUUGAAAGGCAGGUGUCAACCCAAGAACAAGCCUUGAGAAAGUAAGUGUUGUAUAUUCUCACUACAAAACCUUGAUUGUCAUAGAAAUUUUCAAACAGAUGUAAUGUGUAUAUAGUCAGUAUUUAGUACAUUGUUUGUAAAUGCUGCCAUACACCCUAAUCAUAAAACAAUAGAGCUACACUGUUGAGUUUAAAAUAAGUCAUUUAUAUUGCAGGUCCAUUGACUGUAAUUUCAUCAAGCCAAAUUUGUUUACUAAAAUUUUUGAGUUUAUAUAUGUUGUAAUAGGUUCUUUCCCAGUCAUGAACGGACGUCAUUUUUUAGUGAUCUCUUGCUUUCUCUUCUGCAGUAAGCAAGCUGAUCACAGGAGUGUUGCGCUAGGUCUCUGGAGACACAUACAUGUUCAUAAUAUUUCAAACAAGCAUUUUAAGUGUCCAACAACAGUGAAAAGAAUCUUUUGUAAGUAAGUACUGUAAAUGUGCAGAACAUCUUCCUUCCCUUGGACUGACUCCAGCUGCCAUGUCAUUUUGAAAGAGAACAGCACAUUUUUAGUGUAAUUUAGCUGAGAAUUCAACUACUGUCAAUGUGUUCUACAUCUGCUAUAGAUUUAAAGAUUGUUAUUCCAGUGAAAGCAUAGAAGAUGUCUCAGGUUAUUUGCUACUUCAACGUGAAACCACCUAGAUGUAGUCUUUUUUAAACAUGCAUCCACAUCAUUUAACAUUCUUAUAACAUUGUAUGUUAAUGUAAAAUAUGUUUGCAUAAUAUGCAUAUAUAAGUAUAUUUUCUCAAUAUUUUUCUUUUCUGUGCUUGCUAUCGUGACCGCAUGCUAUGUCAUACUUUUUGUUUCUGUGGUGUUACAACUUUUUAUUCUCUAGACUUGAGCAAAUAGAGCACUUCUUUGAAAACUUUGAUUCAGUAACGGAGCAUUUUCAUAUUUCGUUUAUAUACUUACAGUAUAUACACAUACACUUACAAAACUAGUGUGCUGCAGUCACAGAUCACAAACGAUAUCAAACAGUAUUUCUUGUUCCAGCAUUAACUAUGUUCAAACAUCUUCUUCAUGUGAAUGUGGCCAGUUUUGUUUUCGUUCCAGGUCAUUCGCUCGCCAGGAUUCUAACUUUUUCAGCCUAGUAGAUUGUAGUUGUCAAGGUAUGCCAAUUUCAAAUCUGUAAAACUUAAUUUGUUAUUUAUCGGAACUGAACCUUUCUAAAGAAAAUAAGAUAUAUUUUUUUGUAAACGGUCUUUCUACCAUGUACAUUCACAAAUAAC